AAAGGGAAAGGAUAGAAGAAGGAAAAAGUAAAUAAAUAAAGAGAAGAAAGAAAGAAAAAGGUAGAAAGAAAAAAUAGAAGAAGAAGAAGAAGAAGAAGAAGAAGAAGAAGAAGAAGAAUUUAGUGUGAUCUUUCAUGGGAAAUAAUAUGGGUGUUAAAAGAGUGAAAGAAAGACAGAGAAAGGGAUAAAAAGAUACAUCAAAAAGGAAGUAAAAGGAAGGGGGAAAAAAGACGAGCGUAAGGGUCGCGUGCGUGCAAGCGUGGAAGCGUGCAAGGGUGCAACGUGAGCACGCGUGUAUACGUAUGCGUAUGCGUAUGCUUGCGUGCGUGUGUGUGCGUGUGUGUGUAUGUGUGUAUGGUGUACGUGCGCCCGUGAUCGAAAGAACGUACAACAGAAUUGAAUGAGCAAGCUUAUCGUCGCGAUGAAAAAGACUUUGUGAAAAGGGAGUUUUCAAGGUAACACCGAAGGGAUUAUCUGGCAUCGAUUAAUGUAUACCACGAUCCGUGCUUAAUGGAGCGAGACCAAGCUGAGUGCUGUGUACGAGGAGGAUGACGAGAGGUUGCUGGAGGACGAAAACGACGAAGACGACGAAGACGACGACGACGACGACGACGACGACGACUAGAACGCUGAGGACAACGAGAAUUACUAGAAGAAGGAAGAGCCAAGGAGAAGGUACGAACACGGGAAAGGAGAUAAGCGUUAAACGGCCGAGAAGAAGGAGAAGAAGGUGGAGAAGGAAGGAAGGAGGAGGAAGUGGUGGAGGUGGAGGAGGAGAUAUAGAAGAGAAAGAGUGUUGUACGAGCGUGUCAUACUACGUGUCGUAUCUGUGCAACUUGUGUUGUAUGUGACAGUGUUAUUAUUUACAAAGUACGCGUCCGUGACGACGUCGCGAGUGACUGACAAUAAACGCGUCGAACGUAAAGGAAGACGGCGAUUUUCUUCAAGCUACGCGACCUGACAAGGUACAUCGCCCAACCUACGUCGGCCCCCGUAACCUUGUGUAACAAUAAGUCCCUUUUCCCCUCCUGUCCUUGUCCCUAAUACUACAAUCAUCGUUUCUACCGAAUCCUUAUAUCCUUUUAUCCUAUCUCUUGUUUCUUACACCCUUAGAAAGGAGGAAACUCGCUUAUAUAUCUCCGCGUGGAGUUUUUCACGGGGGAAAGAAGGAACUAGGAGUGACACGGCGAGGAUGGAGGACCGCCGUGGAAAGUGGCUCUACGCCGUUUUGCAUCUUUUGACGUUUCUCUACAGGCACGCCGAAUGUGCAUCGAAAAGCGGUGGUUCGGUGGUCGAGCAUCAUCCUUCCUCUUACUGGGAGCAACCAUUUAGUCAACCAUAUUUUGAUAACACGACCAAAAGGGAAACAACAACAACGGUCGGCCAAACCGCUUACUUAUAUUGCAGAGUACGCAAUCUCGGCGAUCGUGCUGUUUCAUGGAUAAGAAAGCGAGAUCUUCACAUACUCACCGUAGGUAUUUUAACUUACACGAACGAUCAACGCUUCCAAUCGUUGCACGGCGAUGGAAGCGACGAAUGGACCCUGAAAAUUAGUUCACCGCAAGUCAGAGACAGCGGGACCUACGAAUGCCAAGUUUCGACGGAACCGAAAAUCAGUCAAGCAUUUAACUUGAGCGUAGUGGUGUCGAAAGCGAAAAUCAAUGGCAAUUCGGAAUUGUACAUCAAAAGUGGAAGCGACAUAAACCUGACUUGCAUCGUACUCCAAACACCAGAGCCGCCGUCCUUUAUUUAUUGGUACAAGGGCGAUCAUGUAAUCAAUUAUAGUCAAAGGGGUGGUAUCAACGUUGUGACGGAAAAACAAACUCGAACCUCGCGUCUUCUAAUAUCGAAGGCGUUGCCAGCUGAUUCUGGAAAUUACACGUGUGCCCCGUCAACAGCUGAAUCAGCGAGCGUUCUGGUCCACGUUUUGAACGGAGAACAUCCGGCAGCAAUGCAGCAUGGAAAUUCAAGUAACAGCGGUGCUGCCACGAGGACACUAGCGUUGCUGCUCUUGCUUCUGCACGCCGGAUCCUUCGCGAGGUGACUGGUCGAUUGCGAGGACGUUCUGUAAACGCGCCAACAUCGAUCGUCUCUCCAUCCCUCUUUUCUGACAGAGGGACAGAGUGUGGAGUAAGAGAGAAGAAGGAGACUGUAAAAGGAGAGAGAAACAGAGAGAGAGAGAGAGAGAUAGAGAGAAAGAGAGGAAAAGAGAGAAAAGAGAAAGCAUCUAUCGUUGGGAGAAGGUGUAGGAGUUAUUGGAUAUGGUGGUGAAGGUGGGGGAGGAGGAGGAGGAGGAGGAGGAGGAGGAGGAGAAGGAAGAGGAGGAGAAUGAAGCACAUCGAGCGUAACGAGCUUGUUGCAUCGACGGAAACCCCAUGCAUCACCCUCGAUCUUCUUCCUUCCCGAUAACUCCGCGCCGAUAACUUUGCACACGAGCACGAUGUAGCACCGUGUGUAUGUUUAUGUGUGUUUGUUUGUGCGCGUAUGUGUAUGUUUGUGCGCGCGUCCACGCGCAUCCAGCGGCUAAGUCUCUCUAUACUUACGAAUAUUGGAUCUGUCUGUAAUUGUACGACUGUAUGUAUGUAUGUAUGUAUGUAUGUAUGUAUGUAUGUAUGUAUGUAUGUAUGUAUCUACGUAUGUGUCAGUGACAAUGUUGGCUAUUGCAUUGGGAUAACGGGACAAGCGGAGUCUCGAACGGACCCUAAACGGACCUAAAACUCUGUUAGAUCCGCCAUUCGACUUGUCCUUCGAGUUGGCAACUGCUUCGAGCUACCAUCGUGUUUCCUCUUAUUAUAUAUCUUUUACCCCUAAAGUGACGUAAACCGGCUUGUGUGUCGUGCAUUUUCCUUCUCUCUCUUUCUCUCAAUCCUUCUCUGUCUUUCUCUCUCUCUCUCUCUCUCUCUCUCUCUCUCGCUCUCUUACUCUCUCUUU